UGACGCUGCAAAUGGACAACUAUGUGAAAGACUCCGACGACGUCCAUUGACUUCACUUCACACAAAUUAUGUCUACACUUUCUAUAUAUUGAGUCGUUGGUUUAUCAGAAAUCAGAAUGAUGGUAUUUGAGAAAUUCAACAAUAUGCAGGCCUCAAUUCUGCUCAUCAUCUUCAUCUUGGCCUCCACUCCAACACUACUACUCUCAUCACAGAAUUUCCCCUUAGCUAAGCUAAACUGCAGCGAUCAUUGCGGUGAUAUAAGCAUCCCAUUCCCUUUCGGCACCACAGAGGAGUGCAGCAUGAGCAGCAAUUUCAGGGUCACCUGCAACCACACAGCCAUCGAUCCCCCAAAGCUCUUCUGGGAGGACUCGUCAAUCGAGAUCACAAACAUAUCCACCCACGGCCAGAUCAAAUUGCUGCAGUCCGUAGCGUAUGAUUGCUAUUAUAGCAACGGUUCACGUGCUUUGAACUUCAGUACGUGGAUAGAGCUCCCUACAUAUUUCACGGUGAAUAAUACUGCGAAUAAGUUCACUAUCGUGGGGUGUAACGCCUUGGCCUUUGUUUCCGGGAUCAGUAGGCUCGGCCGCAGCUUCAAGACGGGCUGCACCGCCAUGUGCAGUAGCGAGGCUGAUCUCACGGAAGGGGAGUGUGCCGGCAUGGGUUGUUGCCAGACUCCCAUCCCCCGAGAUUUGUGGAGGGUGGAAGUUGAGGCGGAUAGUUAUUCCAACUAUACCGAUGUUUGGGACUUCAACAACUGCAGUUAUGCCUUUGUUGCUGAGCAGACUGCCUUCAAUUUUUCUAAGGAGAAUCUCAAAAACUUAUACAGCAUUGACACCCUUCCUAUGGUUGUUGAUUGGGUCGUUGGGAAUCAGACGUGCGAGGAGCUGGCCGGGACCAACACUACCGGCUAUGCUUGCGUGAGUGCAAACUCUAUUUGCGACAAUCCGCAAAACGGCUAUGGUUAUCGCUGUCGUUGCAACGACGGAUUUGAAGGAAAUCCUUACCUUCACCAUGGAUGUAUAGAUAUUGAUGAAUGCAAGACUCAAAAUAAUUGCAGCAAGUAUGCGUCCUGCAUAAAUACACAAGGGAAUUACACUUGUUCUUGUCCUGAGGAAUACAAUGGUGAUGGAAUAGGUGAUGAUGGCUGCAAGGAGAAGGUUGACCCAAAGAAGCAGGAUAUGAAGACUCCUUAUGUCGUGAUUGGAGUUGCCUCUGGGGUCAUUGCCCUACUACUUGCUAUCAUUUUCAUCCACUUGGAACUCAAGAGAAGAUCACAGAAUAAGACCAAGCGAAAACUCUUCCUUCAAAACGGAGGGCCUAUGUUGCAAGAGAAACUAGCGAGGAGAGAAGCCUCACCGGAGAUGGUGACGAUUUUCAGCUCAUCAGAGCUAGAAAAGGCCACCAACAACUUCCACAACAGUAUGAUCAUUGGUCAAGGCGGGUUUGGCACCGUCUACAAAGGCGUGUUAGCAGACAGAAGAACAGUUGCAAUCAAGAGGUCUAUAAGAGUUGAUCCCACCCAAAUCGAGCAGUUCAUCAACGAGGUCUUCAUUCUGUCUCAAAUCAACCACAGGAAUGUAGUUAAGCUGCUUGGUUGCUGCCUCGAAACCGAUGUUCCCCAUCUAGUUUACGAGUUCAUCACCAAUGGCACCCUUUCCUCACACCUGCACAACGAGGCUAAAGCUCGUGCUCUUGAUUGGAACACGCGUCUGAAGAUUGCUGCAGAAACUGCAGGGGUCCUCUCGUAUCUGCACUCUUCAGCGGCUACUCCGAUCAUACAUAGGGAUGUCAAGACGGACAACAUCCUUUUAGACCAUACUUUCACAGCAAAGGUUGCAGAUUUUGGAGCUUCAAAGUUGGUUCCUAUUGAUCUCGCGCAGCUUUCCACUAUGGUGCAAGGGACUUUUGGAUACCUCGACCCGGAAUACAUGCAGACGAACCAGCUGACAGAGAAGAGCGAUGUUUAUAGCUUCGGAGUAGUCCUCUUGGAGCUAGUCACGGGGCGGAGGGCAUUGAGUUUUGAUAGGCCAGUAGAGGAGAAGAGUUUAGCCAACUAUUUCCUUUCUGUACUAAAACAGGACCUUUUGUUUGAAAUUGUUGAUGAUAAAAUAGUGGGUUCGGCAAAUAUGGAGCAAAUAUCUGCAGUUGCUAAGCUUGCGAAAGAGUGCUUGAACGUGAGAGGCGAAGAUAGGCCUAGUAUGAAGGAGGUAGCAAUGGAACUCGAAGGGCUGAUACUGCGAGGCAAGCACUCAUGGGCAAGAAUAAAUGUAGAGAAUGAAGAAGAGAAGGAGUUUUUGCUUCCAAAUGAUGAUGGAAUGAGUCACUUUGGUAAUGGUGAUAGCAGCUCAAGUGUGGGAUAUGAUAGUAUCUCCAGAGAUCAUAUUCUUUUACCAAUGAAUGGAGGAAGAUGAUUAACUUUGAUUAGCUUAAGUUAAGACAUUUAUGUAUGCAUAUCAUUAUAUAUAUUCAGGUGGUAAUUAGUUUUCAAGGGAGAAAUACAAAUUCAGUAAUUUUUUUC